AUGUCAACUGAUAUUGAUGCUAGUCAACAAGUACAACAAUUGCAACAACAAUUGCAACAACAAUUGCAAUUAUUACAACAACUCCAACAUAACCAACAACAACAACAACUACAACUACAACUACAACUCCAACAACAACCAAUACAACAACAACAACAACAACAACAAGAACAACAACAACAACAACAACUCCAACAACAACAACAACAACAACCAAUUCAAAAUGUUUAUACACAACAUUUUAUGACAAACAAUCCAACUUUAAUUGGAUGUUUGUUCCCUUGUAGUAGUACUAUCAACACCCAAAGUGAUCUCAGUCUAAGAAACUUUAGUCACAAUUUAUUAAAUUAUCAAACACCAACAACACCAACUCUUUCUUCUUCUUCUUCUUCUUUUAUUUCACAACAAAAAGAACAACAAGAUGUUAUUCAAUUUUUUUCAAGCCAAGGGUUGACUUCACUUCUUCCAAUGGACUUUAAUAAUUGUUAUUCUUUGGAUGUUGUUGGAAAGUCGUCAUUGUCGUCAUCGCAAUCAUCAGUCCAGUCAUCUCCUUGGUCCUCUUCCUCGGUGGCUUCCUCACCAAUGUUGGUUGCACCAAUCUCUAUGCCUGUUCCAUCUGACAACAUUUCUGUUCCAUCUGACAACAUGUUGUUAAGUGUUUGCUCCCAACAACAACAAGAAGAAGACAUUUUGAUUGCAGACUAUGCAAACACUCAACCAAACACUGUUACAGUCUUUGAAGCUCUUGUAGAUGCCAAUGCCAAUGCUUUUGGUCAACAACAUCCAUUGCUACCAAUGGAGUUAUUGCCAUCAUCACCAAAGUCACCCGCUGGAUCAGACUAUUCUUCUUCUCCCUUUUCUUCUUUUUCAUCUGAAAAUGAAGAAUCUGAAAGUGAAGACAUUGUUCCAGUAUCACCUAGAGUUACUAAAAAGAGUGUACCAAAAAAGGUGGUUUCUCCAAAACAACAACAACAACAAAAGAAAAAACCAGUCGCCAAGUCAACACCCAAAUUUGUUGCUGCUGCCAACCAAUCACAAGGAAUGAUUAUGACCCUUUUAUCAAGUGCCAAUGUUGCAGUAGAGAAUGGAAACAUGAAUCCUUGGAGAUUAAAGUUAUCUGGUUCGUUUGUUCGUAAGGACGGGUCACCUAUCAAAUGGCAACAUAUUGUUGUGAAUGCAUCGGUGCAUCCUGAUCACAGCGAGACUUACAACAUUGAAAACCAAUCUGCUAAUGUUAUGGAUGACGGGUCUGUCAACAUCAAGGGUAUCAAGGUGACCAAGGCAGUACGUAGUCGUAGCCGUGCCUCUCAAGGUAGUCCAAAUGUUCAAACGUUCAGGUUGUGCCUUGCAGCCUAUGACAAGUUCAACGGACUCUACGUUCCCAUUCCCAACUGCUUCAUCGAGUCUGAUGACAUUACCUACUUGGCCAACACCAAAAACAUGUUACCACCCACCAUUGUCUCUAUCGAGAGGACUUUUAAUCUAUCAAAGAGUGAUGAUUUGACGCUUGCAGUCUAUACAUUACAGCAGACUGAUAAUUUCCAAGGUGUACAAGUGGUUGCCAACAUUUCAUUUUCAAGUCAAGCAAGAGAAGUUCCAUUUCGUACACAAAUACUCCAAAUUAUUAUGAAUUAA